GUGUUUCAGCUGUGAAUCAUGGGCGAGAUAUUGCUUCCCCAAUUCCCCUUGGUCAUCUCUGAAAUUUCAAGAAAUGUUAUAUUCUGAAAAUAAGAUGCUGUGCGUUGAGGUAAAUCACCUAAUAAUAAUAUGUUACUCUUCUGCUUCUUACAAGACUAUUUUCAACAAGGACAAAAACAUUAGAUAGAUAGAUGAUGAUUGUCUGUAAAGAAAUACAGAAACAAACUUUAAAAAAAACAGACAGAGAAAAUUAUUUAUACAAAAAAUGUAGAAAUCAAGUGAAAAAAAUUUGUCAACUGAAAAAAACUAUUCGGAAGAUGAGAAAAGGAGAUGCCCUCAACAUUUUAGAAAACAAUAAGUCUGUAGCAAAACUAAUGCAGAGGCUGACGCCGUCUUUUGCGCUGAUGCUACAGGCUCAAUUGAAAAAUGAUGGAAAGAAAUUUAAAGGCAGAAGGUGGACAUUCGAUGAAAAAGUAGUCGCAUUGAGGUUAUUUAAAAGGUCCCCAACGUGCUACCGAUUAUUAAGAAGGAUGUGGUGCCUUCCAUCACCUAGCACAUUAAAUAAUUUAUUGAGGUUAUUUUCAUUAAACGUGGGUAUCAAUGAUAAUAUCUUUAAUAGCCUAAGAGAAAAAGUAAAAAAACAACUGCCCUCAAAUAAUGAAUACAUAUUGAUAUUUGAUGAAAUGUCUAUUAGAGAACAUCUUCAAUAUAAUAAUAAAGAAGAUAUGGUGGAAGGCUACCAAGACCAUGGUGUCCAUGGUCGAACAAACCAGGUAGCUACACAUGCACUUGUGUUCAUGGUAAAGUCAAUCAGAGAACAAACAAAACAGCCCAUUGCCUAUUAUUUAUCCAGCUCCUAUGUUACUGCGGAUAGACUGAAAGUCAUAAUAAAAGAGGUAUGUACCUAAAGAAAUUAUUUCUUUAUGUUAUGACACUAGCAGUGUACCGUGGUUCCACCCGUGUAAAUCCCAAUUUCGUGGAAUAAAAAAUAGGUUUUUUACUUAAUACUUACCAAGUUUUAAUGAAAUCGGGCUAUUUGUUUGGGAGAUUGCCUGGUACAAACAUCCAUUCCAACUUACAAACACUUCUUUAUAACAUUAUUUGGUAUACUUAGAUUGACUUAGAACUUUACUUAAAACCAAAUAUGUAGAAGCAAAAUUAUUUACUUUUCUGGUAACUGGAGCAUGUCUCAAAAUAGGACUAAAUAUAUUGCUGCAACAAUAUGUGACAUGAACGGUGUCAAUAGAAGAGUUUUGACCUUAUUGGGAGCCACUGAAGAAUCUCCAUUCUUCGGUAUAAAUGGGACGGAGGUGGUUGCGCUCUUUGAUGCGCCACAUUUAUUAAAAUGUUUUAGGAAUAUAUUUUUAAAGUAUAAUAUUAAAUUUUCUACAAAUAUAAGAUCAAAUGAAUCAAAAGGUCAAGGUAUAGCUAAAUGGAGUCACAUUCAAGAAUUUUACGAAUUAGAUCAUAAAAAUGAAAUUUUUCGUUUUCGCACCUAAGCUCCACAGGGAGCAUCUAAACCCAAACGCAAAACAAAAGAUGCGCGUAAAUUUGGCUGCACAGGUGUUUAGCCACUCAGUUUCUGCAGGCUUAUAUUCAAAAAUAUCUGACGGGGUUCUCACUACUGAAGCUCUUGCAACAGCCGAGUUAGUUUCAAAAAUGGACAAACUGUUUGACCUACUGAAUAGCAGUACAUCUAAUUUAAAAAAUGGUAAACCACAUGCCACAAACAUAUCGAAAACAUCUCCACAUUGGGAAUUUUUCAAUGAAAUGAGAGGAUUCUUCAAAAGUUUAAUAUUAAUAGGAUGCCAGAGAGCACCACCUUCUAUAAUGGGUUGGUUAUGGACUAUGAAUGGUGUAAAACAUUUAUAUACCAAUUUAACAAAAAAACACAAAAACAUUCGUUCUAUUUCAACCAGGGCUCUUCAACAAGACCCUCUAGAAAAUUUAUUUGGGGCUAUAAGAUCGAACUGCGGUUCUAACGUCAACCCAACAGUGCGCCAAUUUGUGGCUGCUUUGAAAAGUACAAUUUUUUCAAAAUUAAAUAGCUCAACGAAAGGAAAUUGUGAAGAAGAUAACAAUAAAGCAAUUGUAGAAAAUUUUAAAAAACUAUUAAAUCGCUCACGAAUAUGCACAGUUUCAACUUUGCCUGAAAGCUCUCUUAGUGAUGAUUCUGCUAUUGAAGAUUUUAUGUCAUCAAUAACAGAAUCAUUUGAUGGCAGUGUUGGAGAGCCCUCUGCAGAAAUGCAGGCCUGUGCUUAUGUGUGUGGCUAUAUUUAAAAAAAAAAGCAAAAAUACGUGUGAAAAUUGCAAUAAAAACAUCACAACACAAAAUGUUGACAAUAAAUUAUAUUUAUUCAGCACUUAUAAAGAAUACAAUGAUUAUAAAAGGGCUUUAAAAUAUGCGUCUGAAAAAUUUGUCGAGUGUGUGGCAGCUUGUGCAAAAACUUCUAACGAAAUCUUAAAAACUGAGAACCACACACUCGGUGUUAAGAAAAUUGAAAAGGAUAAAUGUAAAAGAUCUGUCAGUUUUUCUUUCUUAACUGAUUGUCACAAAGCAGAAAAUAUUGAAUUUAUUGUGAACAGCGUAUUUCAUAUCUGUAUGAAACGCUUCUCUUUAAUUAAAAAUAGAGAAUUUAUAGAAGCAGCUUCAGCUGCUUCCUUGAAAAGAAAAAUGGCAAUUAUUAAACAUGUGUAAGCUAUGUAAAACAUGUUAAUUCUUUAGUUUUAAUAAAUCAAGCGUUUUAUACAGAUAUACAUAGAUUUACAAUUUCCUUUUGAUGAGUUGAAAAUGGCUAAUGCUUUCGUGUUUUUUUUUUGUUAAAUUAGAAUACAAAAAUGUGUUAUACCAUUCAUAGUCCAUAGCUAACCUAUCAUAGAAUGGGUGGAACUCUCUGGCAUCCGAUCAAUAUUAAAGUUUUGAAGAAUCUUCUCAUUUCAAACUUCCCAAUGAGGUCUUCUAUAUGUUUGUUAAUUAAAAGAAGAGCGAAUUUACAGAAUGAGCUUCAGUUGCUUCCUUUGAAAGAAAAAUGGUAAUAAUUAAACAUGCAUAACUAGCUCCGCGGUUUCACCCGCGUAAGUCUGUGGUCGGGAUAAGAGGUAGCCUAUUCUUCAAGGUCCCAUCUAUUUCUAUAACAAAAUUUAUCAAAAUCGGUUCAGCUGCUUAUUAUAUGAUAUUAGUUUAGAUUCAUGUCCCAGGCACUACAGCGUCCAGAAUAGUUGGAUUAAAAUUAAUGACGAUAUUAGAUGUAAAAGCCAAUUUUUCUUUUAAAACAAAACUCAAGAUGCGAAGCUUCAAUGGAGCCCCCAUAUAUCUAAACUAGCAAGCAGACUUAGUUCUGCAGCAUAUGCUGUAAAAAAGGUUAGAAAUCUUAUCAGUGUUGAAACAGCUAGACUUUAGCUAUUUCUAUAGCAUAAUGUCGUAUGGUAUUUUGCUAUGGGGACAUGCAGCUGACACUGAAAUUAUAUUUGUUUUACAGAAGAUGGCUGUAAGAGCAAUUUAUAAUUUAAAGCCUAAACAGUCGCUGCGAUAAAUAUUUAAGGAAAUUAAUAUAUUAAUUUUGGCCUCCCAAUACAUUUAUGAAAUUGUAAUGUACGUACACAAAAAUAAAAGUAGUUUUACAAACAUAAGUGAUAUUCAUUCUGUAAAUACUAGGAACAGACACAAGCUAGUAGUACCAGUUACUCGACUCCACCGAGUCAGUAAUUCAUUCUUGGGGCGAUUUAUACGCUUUUACAACAAAAUUCCAGAAAAUAUACAAAAUUUGACUCGCUCAAAGUUCAAAAACUAUUAAACUAAGUUUGUAUAAAAAGGGUUAUUAUAAUGUUAAGGAAUUUAUGGAUGAUACUCGUAAUAACCACAGAAUACUUUAAUAAUAACCCCUGGGAAUGAGGUGAUCGCUACCAAGCUAUUUCUAAUUUGUUGCGUUGUGUUAAUUGUUUAACAUACAUGAUUGUAAGCUAUUUAAAAAAAACCGCUGGGUUUCUUGCUGGUUCUUCCCAUGACAGUUUUUUUUUCGAACCAGUGGUAAUUAAACAAAAGAGUGACUUUCAAUAAGUAUUAUAUAUAAUCUAUAUUGAAUAAAAAAGUUUCUGUUUCUGUUUCAAAUUGUCGACAUUUUUUAUAUUUAAAUUGAGUAUAUAUUAUUAUAGUUAUUUUCUAUGUAAAAAUUGUAAGAAGUUCGCAUAAUUUAAACAUUGUUUUAUAAAAUAUUAAAUUACGCCGUAAAGUGUAAUUCCAAUAUGCCAACUUAUUUGAAUUUAAAACAUUUUAGUAUAGUUUAGUUAUAUUUGUUUUUUCCGUAUCUUUUUUUAUGAAGAAAUUAAUUUGUAAACAUAAGUUAACAUUUACUUGCAAUCCAAACUUAUUAAUUUGGAUUCGUGAUGUCCCAGGCACUACAGCGUCCAAAAUAGCUGGCGUAAAAUUAUUGUCGUAAUAUUAAAUCAUCUUUAGAUGUAAAGGCCAAUUGUUCUAUUAAAACAAAACUCAAAUUGUCGACAUGUUUUAUAUUUUAUUUAAAUUGGAUACAUGUUAUUAUAGCUGUGUGAAUAUUGUAAGAAUUUUGCAUAAUUUAAACGUGUUUCAUUAAAUAUUAAGUUACGCUACAACUGUAAUUCCAAUAUACUACUUUUUUCUAUAUCUUUUGUAAUGAAUAAAUCAAUUUGUAAGCAU